GUUGUGCUGGCUGGGAUGUUUCCCAUCCAUUCCAAAGGCAUUGACCAGGAGAUAACCUUCAGAAGUCAGCCAGACCAGAGGAAAUGUAGGGGGUUUAACAUGCGAGUGUUCCGCUGGUCUCAGGCAAUGAUCUUCUUCAUUGAGGAGAUCAACAGAAAUCCUACCCUUCUGCCAAACAUCACACUGGGCUAUCAGCUAUAUGACACAUGUGGGCUGACUGCUCUGUCUCUGAGGACAGCAUUGUCUGUAGUUUCUCAGCCUAUGAAGAGGAGCAAUUCAGGGCAGUGCUUCUCCCCGAGCAUCCCCAUCAUUAUUGGAGACUCUGGAUCUACCCUGUCAAUGGCCAUUUCCAGACUACUCAACCUGUUCCGUAUCCCACUGGUGAGUUAUUUUGCUUCAUGUUCUUGCCUGAGUGACAAGCACCAGUUCCCUUAUUUCUUUCGCACAAUUCCCAGUGAUGUUAAUCAGGCCAGUGCUCUUGCUCGUCUGGUCAAGCACUUCGGAUGGACCUGGGUAGGCACAAUCGGAGCUGACGAUGCUUAUGGGCGCACAGGCAUAGAUUUAUUCACCACUGCAGUGAUGCGUUUGGGUGUAUGUGUGGCUUAUCGAGUAAUCAUACCCAAGCUGCCAACUCAUCAACAGCUGCAAGAUAUUGUCAGGACUAUUCGAGAUUCUACAGCACAUGUUUUGGUGGUUUUUGCCAUUGAGGAGGACAUCAAACCGGUAGUGGAUGAAAUAGUCCGGCAGAAUGUCACCGGGAAGCAGUGGGUGGCUAGUGAAGCCUGGGUGACCUCCACUCUCAUCUCUAAAAAUAAAGAAAACUACCCCUCCCUUAGUGGUACCAUUGGCUUUGCCAUCCGCCGAGCUGAGAUACCUGGCUUAAAACACUUCCUCGAAAGCAUACAGCCCCUGGCUGAGCCUUACAAUGCCUUUGCAAGGGAGUUAUGGGAAACACAGUUCCAAUGCUCAGUAAACACAAGUCUUCCCACUCCCUCCACAACUGAUCCAGUGCUCUACAGCCACAGCUGUACUGGCAUGGAGAGGAUUCAGGACACUCACAGUAUCUAUAACGAUGUUUCUGAGCUUAGGGUGACAUAUAACAUGCACAAGGCAAUUUACACAGUGGCACAUGCAUUGCAUAACCUGCUUCGGUGUCAAAGAGAGAACGGGUCUGCUUUGACACAGCAGUGCUCUGCUAUCCAUAAUCUACAACCAUGGCAGGUUGUUGAGGUCCUGAAGAAAGUCAACUACACAAACAAAUUUGGAGAUUUGAUCUACUUUGAUAGAAAUGGAGACCCUGUUGGGUCAUAUGACAUAGUAAACUGGCAGAGAGAGGCAGAUGAGGGUCCAGUAAAAUAUGUUACAGUAGGUCGCUUUGACUCCUCUCUUUUGACAGCACAGCAGUUAAUGCUUAACCAGGACAAAAUCAUCUGGCAUGGGGGAGCUAACCAGGUACCAGUGUCUGUGUGCUCUGCCAGCUGUCCACAGGGAUACAGAAAGGUUACACGAGAGGGUCAGCCUGUGUGCUGCUAUGACUGUGUGCUUUGUGCAGAGGGUAGCAUCAGCAAUACUACUGAUCAAGUUGAAUGCAUUCUUUGCCCUGAAGACUUCUGGACGAAUCAGCAUCGCAACCAUUGUGUUCCCAAGCAGAUUGAGUUCCUGUCCUACUCUGAGCCUUUUGGCAUGGCCUUAGCAGCUAUAGCCAUUCUGGGUGCAAUUGCUGCGAUGACAGUUGCUGCAAUCUUCUUUCGCCAUCACGACACACCCCUAGUUCGUGCUAAUAACUCAGAACUGAGCUUUCUGUUGCUGAUGUCUCUCACUCUUUGCUUCAUAUGUGCACUAACCUUCUUGGGUCAGCCAUCACGUUGGGCAUGCCCUCUUAGACGGACUGCUUUUGGCUUGACCUUUGCCCUCUGCCUCUCCUGUCUCCUCAGUAAGACCUUAGUGGUGCUUAUGGCUUUUAAAGCUACAUUGCCUGGUAAUAACACAGCUCGUUGGUUUCACCCACCUCAGCAGAGACUGGGAGUGUUCUUAUGUUCGUUCCUGCAGGGUGGGGUUUGUGUAGCUUGGCUUACAACAGCACCUCCAUAUCCAGUAAAGAACACCUGGCUGUACCGCGACCGGAUCAUUUUAGAAUGUCACCUGGGUUCAGUCGCCCUUUUCUGUUGUGUGUUGGGUUACAUUGGCUGCUUAGCUGUCUUCUGCUUCAUCCUAGCUUUUUUAGCUCGUAAAUUGCCUGAUAAUUUUAAUGAAGCAAAAUUCAUCACAUUCAGUAUGCUCAUAUUUUGUGCUGUUUGGAUCACAUUUAUCCCAGCUUAUGUCAGUUCACCUGGAAAAUUUACCGUAGCUGUGGAGAUAUUUGCCAUUUUAGCUUCCAGUUAUGGGGUACUUUUGUGUAUUUUUGCACCUAAAUGUUACAUAAUAAUUUUCCUGCCUGAAAGAAAUUCUAAAAAGUAUCUCAUGUCCCAAAAAUGA